AAAAAAAAAAAAGUUAACACAAAGCUCCUAUGCUCCUUGUCUUUCCUGUUCGUUGAAAAUUUUCUUGCUCUCUCUCUCUCCUCUAACUCUGAAUCUGUGAUUUUCAAGAUGAACGACCUUCUUACGGAUUCAUUUGUUAGUGAUGCCAAAGGUCAGCCUUCCAGAGAAAAUGAUAUCGAAAUGGGAAUGCGUGUUCCUGGGAGCAAUCCUGAUUUGGGAAUGGGAGCUUUCAAUAAGCAGAUACAAGAGACUGAGAAACAGGUGGAGAAGCUCUCCGGGUUUCUUAAACAACUGAAGGAUGCUAAUGAGGAAUCGAAGGCUGUUACAAAAGCAUCUGCCAUGAAAGCUAUUAAAAAGCGGAUGGAGAAAGAUAUUGAUGAAGUGGGAAAGAUUGCACGAAAUGUGAAAGGAAAACUAGAAGCCAUUAGCAAAGAUAACGUUUCCAAUCGACAAAAGCCUGGAUGUGAAAAGGGAACCGGUGUAGACAGAGCAAGGAUGAAUAUGACAAAUGCCUUGAUGAAGAAGUUCAAGGAGCUAAUGACAGAGUUCCAGACCCUUAGGCAGAGGAUCCAAGAUGAAUAUCGCGAGGUUGUGGAGAGAAGAGUCAUGACAGUCACAGGAACCAGACCAGAUGAUGAGACAAUUGACCACCUGAUAGAAACUGGAAAUAGUGAGCAAAUCUUUCAGAAGGCAAUGCAAGAAGCAGGACGAGGACAGGUGCUAAACACCGUUGAAGAAAUUCAGGAGAGACAUGAUGUUGUAAAAGAAAUUGAGAAAAAGCUGCUUGACUUGCAUCAGAUUUACCUUGAUAUGGCGGUCUUAGUCGAGGCUCAAGGAGAGAUAUUAGAUAACAUCGAAAAUCAGGUUACAACUGCAGUCGAUCAUGUCCAAAGAGGGACAACUGUACUUCAAAAUGCAAAGAAACUCCAGAAGAACUCCAGAAAAUGGAUGUGCAUUGCCAUUAUUAUUCUCUUAGUAAUAGUUGCCGUUAUAGUUGUCGGUGUCAUCCAACCUUGGAAGAGUAGCAACGGUGCUUGAGUCUACCCCGUUUUGUUUCUUGUCCAUGUAAUAUAGUAGAGUUGGUUUCCGAACUUGUCCAUGAUUUUACUCUGCCUGUGUCAGCAGCGCCUCUUACAUCUUUGUUGUGUCUUUUAUUAAUUUGUUUAUUUGUUUAUUUUUUGAAGUUGGUUUGAUGUUGGUGGUGUGCUUUGUGGACGAAGGAUUUGGUACUCCUCUAAAUACAGUUUUCAUAAAUAGGAAGUUUGAUUUGGCCUUUGCUGGCGACAUGUUAUUUUUCAAUGAUUAUAUCUUCUUCUUCUUUCU